AUGGGGCAACAGCAGACGAGUUCCGAAUGGUCUCAGCAGCAAAAACUAUUCCCUUUUGAAGCAGAUGAAGUGUCGCUUCCUUUUGCUUUUCCAAGGAAAGACUUGAAAAAGUACCAAGAUCGCCAGCCUGACGGAUUUGGUCAACCAGCUCAGCACAAGAGGAUGGACUUGAUAGAAAUUGCGUCUUUAGCAGAUCAGACACGCCUGCAUCCCCUGCAGGGCUAG